AUGGCUACAGUCUUGAACAGUAUUAUCUCCGGGGUUUUGUUCAAUACAUAUCACUUAUUCCUUGAGUCGAACAGCCAUUUCACCUUAAACAUGCUCCUCCGCGAACCGGAAAACAGGCUCAGCAUUUUUUACACUCUCCUCAUGCUCGUUAUCACCAUUCUACUAUGGCUGUAUCCGCAUCUCAUCCAAAUCGUUGUGAUGGGCUGCAGCACAAUCGGCAUCCUGGGUUUGUACGAAUACUCGAUAGUUGACCGCAGAGCGUUUCUUUGGCCUGCCAUGGCAUCUGCUCAGCUACUUGUGUUACCCCUCUUGUGGAUCUGGAUCGUCCACCACACGAUCUCGUGGAGUGGCUUUAUAACUUAUCUUACACUGUCACUCGCCGGAUGGGGCGCCGGGAAGCUGACCAUCGAAAUCAUUGGUCAGCCUGACGACCAGAAAGUAUUCGUCUUUGCCGUGUUACAGACCUGUCUGCUAGGCUGUGUGUGGGUGCUGGAGGUCAUUCGAGGGCGGCGAGUCGCCCGAGCAGCACGGCGAACGCUGGUUCGAUCAGAGUAUCAGGAAAGCGCGGCAGAAGCUGCUUGGGAAAUCAACGAGGACGUGGUGCAUACUGAUGCCAGCCACGGGUCUGAGGAAUUGAAAGAGAAGAAGUGGUCGUUGAUUUGCUGGUUCGGUAUAUUGCUGAUACCGCAGGUGUUAGCGUACCUCUUUGUGUCUAUUGUUUACACAUAG